UGCCAAGCUGUGCCCCUUGUGACGUCAGAAGGUCAAAUUGGAAAGGUCAUCCUUGGAGGCGGUGCUGUUGCUCAUCAAUAGUUCUGCUGCUAUUUUGUGACCGGAAGAUCAAGAUUGGAUUGUUUGGGCAGACUGUAGUAGACCUUUGAACCAAAGCAGCAUCCUACAGAUUUCACAAGGUUUCCUCUAGCUGGAUGGCCAGUGUCAGUCAGCACACAACAGGACAAAGGAGCUAACAAAAGUAACAUGACAUCCCAGGUCACUUUCCGAGUGAAGGUUGCUGUGUCUGACCGCCACUGUGUGGUUGUGGUAGGAGACUGUCCAUCACUGGGUGGAUGGGACCCUCAUAAGGCUGUGGAGCUACAGAGAGAAGAAAAUGAUGUGUGGAGCUGUACAGUGCCCUUACCUGAGGGAACACCUGUACGGUACAGGUACAUGGUGUGUGAUAUCAGACAAGACAAGACACAGAAGAAACUUAGGAUCAUCAAGUGGGAGACGUACAGACAACCUCGAACAUUCACACCCAAUGGGAAAAGCUGUGUUGCUGAUGGUGGGAGUUUUGGAAGCUACGAUGGUUCCGGCUGUGCUGUUGACCAGGGAUGGUUAGUAGAUGAGACAGAGAUCCGGCUCCGCUUCCAUUCCUCCAAGUCUCCUCCCAUCAUCAUCUUCAACCAGGAGAAUGUCAACAGAAAAUUCUUUAUCAAAGUCAUGCCUAUCAACAUACAGAACUUGCAGAAACAAACAGUAGAUGGGAAAUACAACAGUCCUACCUGUGAAGAAACUCCUGUGACUUGUAAGGUACUGAAUGACACCCAGUGGUGCCCAGUGUUUCAGGACCAGUGGGGCCACCUGUUGGAGAAUGACAAUUACCUCAUCUUCACCACUCAGGUGUUCAACCCUCAGGAAUGGGCCUUUGAUAUAUUGCUCUAUGCAGAGUCUGAGAUCAGCGAUGCUCAGUCAAACAGCCACACCCCUCCUGUUGCCAAGGCAACAGUCCUGCCCACUAACAUGACAGGGUCCACAGGUGUGGUGUCUGCCCCCCUACAUAACAACCACAACAGGCUAGUCGGACAGAUAAAUGUUGAUUACCUGAUCAUCACCCCCAUGACUGGAGAAGUGUGCACUGCUGAGGUGUCGUUCGCUCGUUACUGGAAGAAGAGGAAAACUCUGGAUGUUGGACACAGGGGCAUGGGCAACUCUUACACUGCUGCCUCAGUCGCACAUAUACGAGAGAAUACCAUAGCAUCAUUCCUGAGUGCUGCCAACCAUGGAGCUGCUUUUGUGGAGUUUGAUGUCCAGCUUACUAAAGACAAAGUCCCCAUUGUAUACCACGACUACAAGACCUGCAUUUCUACCAAGACGAAGGGAGUAACAGGUGGUAGCCAGUUGAUGGAGAUAGCUGUCAUGGAGCUAACACUGGAGGAUGUGCAAAGUUUAAAGCUUGAUCACAAGACCGCUAAGAAACUUCCAGCUGAAAAAGAAGCAAGUAUUGAUGAUGAGGAGCCCCCUGAUCUCCAUCCCUUCCCAACUCUCAGGAAGGUCUGUAGCACCCUUCCAGAGCAUGUCAACCUCAACAUUGAAGUCAAGUUCCCCCUAUUACAACAGGACGGUGCAUGGGAAGAAGAGAUGGACACCUACUUCGACCGUAAUGAGAUAGUUGACAUCAUCAUGCGGGAGGUGUUGGAGAACGGAGGGAAGAGAAGAAUCCUGCUGUCCUCAUUUGAUGCAGACUGCUGCGUUCUACUACGUAGAAAGCAGAACAAGUACCCAGUGCUGUUCCUGUCCCAGGGUGUGACAGAGCGCUGGGAGGAGAUGAUGGACGUCAGGUGUCGGACGGUUCCCAUGGCGAUGAACUUUACCCUGGCAGAGGGUCUCCUGGGUGUAGAUAUCCAUGCAGAAGACAUCUUGAGGAAUCCUUCCUUUGUUGAAGAGAUUGCAAAACUGAAGCUGGUUUGUUUUGUUUGGGGAGAAGACAUUAACGACCCAGCCAACAUGAGCCAGCUGAGGUCCAUGGAGGUGGAUGGCAUCAUAUAUGACAGAAUGUCUGACCAUAGAGAACCAGGUCUGUACCAGUUUGAGACUGAAAAACAGAAUGGACCAUUCCUUGCUGGCAUCUCUCAACACACACACCACUGAAAACAGCCGCUAGUUUGGCGUUGUCUUCAACGCCUCACUGUGACAUCUUUUGGUACUGCAUACUGUGCUGCAACUUCUUUUGAAUCCCUCCAGUGUGCUUAUUUUAGAUACAGUGUAUGACACAGUAGUGAUGAACUGCAUCCUAAGCUUUGCCCACACGGAGUCUUGUACAUGUAAGACAAUGUAUUUUAACCUCAAUUCAUGCUAAGAGUACCUUCAGGAAUUUCUUAAGUAAAAGUUGUGUCAAGAAUACCUUCUUCAGAAUGCAAUGGUGCUGGCUAUUUUAUAGAAGUAUAUGCUGCUUACACUCAUGUGUUUUAGUAAUACAUCAUAACUUGGUCACUAUAGCCAUGUUCUAUGUCAAUACUCUAUCCAUGUUUUGUUGUAUAUUUUUGUAUAGCAUGUGACCAGUGAAAGCUAUAGGUUUAGACAAAGGUGCUGCUAUUUUUUGCUAUAUUUUUAAGAGUGAUACAGAGAAUACCAACAUGUAGUGAAGUUUCAACUAUGUUUGUCUACGAUAUUUUAGUACCACAGGUACAGAUUUGUUACUGCUCAGGGUGAUAGUUAUGGUAAGGUAUUGCUGUAUAUCUUAGUCAUUCAGAAAUGAUCAUUGUUAUACAGUGUGAAAAGCUUGUUAGCCAAUGGGCUUGCCUCAUUUUUAACAUAGACAUUCUGAUUGGUCACAUUGACCAACUUAAUCAGAAAGGGUGGAGUUCAUGUAGUUUCCAUCACACUUUAACCUUGUCUGGUGAUGGUUCACCCAUGUUCCAUAUUUAUCAUUACUAUUAGGUACAAAUGGUGUGGGGGAACAGUUACCUCUACUUUGUAUACAUACAACUAGGCUCUUUUUAAAAGGAAAAACGUUCCCUCAAGAGCAACAAAUUCACAUUUCAGGUGCCAUAUUGUAAAGGUAUGCUGGCAUCUUUUUUUAUUUAUGGUAUUUUAUGUAUGGCCUGUGUCAGGCCUUCAUGCAUUUACUCAGACUUACAUGGCACAAUUUUAUAACAUGAAAACAUUGAUUUUUAGAGCAACAUCAAUUUUUAACUUGUGAAAUACAUAAUCAUGCCAAGACCUCAUAGAGAAAAAUGACUGAAUGCUAUCUAUGAUUGAAUAUGAAUUUCUCUACAAUACAAUGGCAAUGCCAGAGUUGUUUCAGAACAUAAUUAAACAUGUUUUAAACAG